GGAUUUAUUUGGGAUGUUCAGUGGGGGCAUGUCACACAAACACAGAGAGAACAACAGAGCAGUGUGGGUUUACCUUGACUGACUUACAAACUCAGCUUAUUAUGGGGGACUUUUGCCCUACUGAUAACCUUUCACACCUCUCGACUCCUGCUCGAGACUUCUGUCCCUUCCCGGACUAUACUCCUAGCCCUCUUUUCACCAACAUGCUGUCCGUGAACUCUUCACUUCACCUGAGGGACCACUACAUGGCCGUGCAGUCCUCCCUGAACCCUGAGCAGCUGGAGGACUUCACGCAGAGCCUGAGAAGAACUUUUGGCAAAGAAGGCAAGGUCAGUUAUGGUGGGGUGGGGGUGGUGGCCCUGUCCCUGGCUGUGCUGUUUGACACUCUUGCUAAACAAGCAAAGGGAGAGUGGGUGUCUGACUCAGGACCGGUUCCAGGUUUAUUUUUUAAAGACCUGAGAGGUUACUACCCACCGCAUGUCUACACAGUCAGCGAGUACAUGAGGCUGGUUCCCCAUAUCGCAAACAACCCCACCAGGAUGAGAGCGGAGACAGAGAGGUAAGUCUUCUUUGUGUAUUUAUGUUCAUGUUCUAGUGGCAGUUGGAAAUAUGACCCCCCGAAUUUUCAGGCAAAGGGACAUGUCCAGGUUGAGCUGAGCGAGAAAUAAGAGGAAGAAAGAAAAGGAGGGAGACAAAUUAAAUAUCUUGUUAACUUCAUCAUGUGUGUUUAUUUACUAGAUAUUUAAUUUAAUUUGAUGCGGUUUCAGCUGUGUUGAUUCGGUCAGGUUAUGUGUCCAACCGCAUGCCAAACGCGCUCAUCAGAUCAAAUAUAGAUCAGAAUAUAUAGAUCUAAAUGUAUGUGCUGACUCAGAUUAAUAGUUGUUAAUGAUUAUUUAUUGCACUGAAAUGUGCCUGACACUGUGGAAACCUGUCGGUGAGGCAUCGGUGACGUAUGCCGAUACGCCGCUGGUCUACCAAAAUACCACUAGACCAGCUGCGCUCCGCCUGCGCUGAAAGAUGACCAGGUUUGAAUCGGCGAGCUUUCAGCUCACUUUACACGCCACUGGCGAGCACGAAAAUGUCACUGUCGACACCUCCCCCUGCCAUGCCACCACGCCCAGCUUGGCGGAUCUCGGUUCGUCUCUGUGCGCCUCAGUCCACGAAAAAUACCAAACUGGCUGUGCGCGGUCUCCGCCACCCUCCGCCACCUCACCGGCGUACACGAAAAUAGAGCCCACAGUCAUAAGUCAUUGUUUUAUCAUUUUUUAUUGCUUGUGGGUGAUAGUGUGUAGGCAAGUUCUCUUUCUAUGUCCACUUUCUGGGUGUUGGUUAGAAAAAAAACAAUGAAACUUGCGUUGCUUGCCAAAACACUUUGUGCCGUGAAUACUAUAGGGAACUAUGUCUCUGUUAAUGGGAUGUAGCUCUGUGCCUCACAACAGCAUUUUUCCUGUGCCCAAGCACCUACCCUUGUAUUGAAGAAGAGCAAAUUAAUAACUUUUUUAAGUCUUGCACCCACGACUGAAACAAGGGACUGAUAAUUUAUGGACAUGCAGAACUUUUUAAUCCAUAAUUUGGUGGUCAUUGUACACCAUACUCACUAGCCUUAAAUAAGAACUUUGGUGUCAUAUACAUUUUGAAUGUGUUUCUAAAAUUCUUAUCCAGUGCAGGUUUUUACUUGUGACUGCAGUAUAAUAGUGUCCUAAGACCCCCUAUAGACCAGCUGCCACUGACAUGUUCCCUUUAAGAAUCAGUUUGUCAUUGCACAGUGUGUUCACCAUCAGCUGACCCCUUUUCUUUCUCUUCUUAUCUUUCAGGUACAUCAAGCAGUUAAAUACUGAUGACCAGUGGCUGGAAAAAAACAUGGUCAUGGUUCAGGAAGACGUCCCGUUAGAGAACGCAGCUCUUGCAAAAUGGUUUUCAAGCAAUCUAAAGGUUCACCUCCUCCGCCUGAAAAAUGGUACAGUAGAUGAUCUGGUUCAUCCUCGGGAAAGACAUCCAACUGUUAUUACCUUCAAUCUCAACUGUGAUGUAGAGACAGCUGACAAAGACUUCAAGGCCCAUAUUCAGAGAUCUGACAGUCACAUCCAGGAAGCUUUCAGAAGAUACAUGACAAAUCUGAAGCCUUGGCUGAUCCAGGUUGCUGAGUUAGAGUGGAUCAACGCCAUGUUUCAGCUAGCAUGUGACAUUGGACUCAAUGAUGAACAAAAGAUUGCACAAAGAGGAGAUUUUGACCUGAAGGCCCAUGCACUUGGCAAGUGGGAAAAGUAGUACACUGGGGUCAUUGUCCUGGAAUAAAGGAUGCAAUGCUGAGGGUGUAAACAUUCAAGAUUUGACAAAGACUAUUACAGUCUGUGUUCACUUGAUUGAGGUGCUGCAACCUGCUGUGACUAUUUGAAAUGACCAGUCUUCUCAAAAUGGGGUCAGUGGUUCAAGUAGCAGCCUCAACCCUUUUCAGCAUGUUUUCCCCCACUUACUCCACCCCAUAUUUCCUGUCUUUCUCUUCAACUGCUUGGUCCAAUUAAAGGCGAAAAAUAUAACUUUUAUGUGCUUGAUAAUUAAACCUUGACUUGGCUUGACUUGAAGUAGAA